CUUUGAUAGUGCUUGGUAAAGGAAUGGGAAGGCUCUAUUUGUUCCCGUGCCAAUGAAUGCAUGCCGCAUCUCGCAUUGCACUUGCGAACUAAAAAUCAACCCGACGUAAGUUCAUAAGUCAGACGAAUGGAAGUAGCGGUCUUUUCUUCUUUUUCUAAUCUUAAAUCUCUCUUUCUCUCUCUAUAUCUUCAACUUAGAUAUUUUAUAGUUUUUACCUUCAUUCACUUGUGAUUCUUGAAGCUUCAUAAAAUAAUCAGUUUGUGUUUGUAUCGACCCAAGCAUUGCUUUCUUGUUGGACUACCACGAAUACCUUAUAUACGAACACCUACCAUUAUACACCAUAGUUGCGAUAAUACUAUACCUUACAAAAUGUCGCUACCUUCCAACGUCCAUGUGUCUAAACACCCGUGCCUUAUGGCAAAGUUGAGUCGUCUGCGGUCCAAGAACACGGAUUCGCGGGAAGUCAAAUCGCUAGUAAACGACAUUGCUCUGAUUCUCGGGUGCGAAGCUCUAGCUUCAUCAUUGACACCUCACGAUGGACCAAAAGGCGAGACUCCUAUCGGAUUCGAAUACACCACGACUACGGUACGGCCGGAAGCGUUAUCAAUAGUGCCCAUUCUUAGAUCGGGGUUGGGCAUGGUAGAAGCAAUUCAAACCCUUCUUCCCGAGCCGGUCCCCGUGCACCACCUAGGGCUAUACCGAGAACCUAGCACACUCGAACCCGUCGAGUACUACAACAACUUGCCACACCAUAUCCCCACAUCGGCUACCGAGCCUGGAACCAAUGCUUCUAGCUUGGCUAUCAUUGUGGACCCAGUUAUUGCGACCGGAGGAACUUGUGCUGCCGCUAUCCAGACACUUAAAGAAUGGGGUGUUAAGAGAAUCAUUGUUCUAUCGGUCAUCGCCGCAGCACCAGGUGUAACAGUUGCCGCUAAGGAGUGGCCUGAGGCCGUCGAGAUAUGGGUUGCGGGUGUCGAUGCAGAACUCACACCAAACGGCAUGGUAAAGCCUGGUGUGGGAGACGUGGGUGACCGCUUAUUCUUGACGAUAGGAAAGUAAAGAUACCAGUGGGAAAUGCAUGGAUUCAAUAGACAUUGGCUAG